UGAUUUCUCCUAUAUUCAUAUAAAGAUUGAUUGGUGUUCAACGUCAUUGGACGAGAUAAAGAUUUUAUUCUCAAAAUUUCCAAGAGUCAAACGAGUUAAAAAUAGAAAUCUACUUUUGCCGGUAUCUUCGAUAAAAAAAAACCUAAACAAUCGGCGAACCGGCAAACAAAAGAACGUAGUACCUGUUUGAUUCUAAAGAAAAAAUAUUCUACCUUAUCUCUAUUUAUUUCACGUAUACCAUAAUGCAAUCAACCAAUACUACGAUAGAAGCUACUAACGACGACAAAAAUAUCUCUAAUAAUUUCGAGCAAAAACAUCAGACAGGAUUUCCUAGAAACGGUCGAACAACAGUCUCGUUCAGCUAUUCGGAAGCUGACGUCAAUGUUAGUCAAAAGCGUAAAGUUUUCUGCAUCCGAACGCACUCAACAACUGUCGCGAGUCGUGAACUCGCGACUCGCGAAAACCGCAUUUUGCUGAGUAUUCCACUUCUCACUGUAGCUUCUUGUUUGUUAGACGCCGGACGCCGCGAGCAAAAGGAAGAUUUUUCUCUGUGUGAUAUUCAGUAGAUAAAUUGCGAGUAGAAAUGCCAAAAUCCAAGGAGAUGAUUUCCAGCAGUGGAAGCGAGAGUGGAAGUGCCAGCUCAGAGGAAGAGGCAAAACAGAAGAGCAAGGUCAGGAAGCCAGAAAAAGAGAAGACGGUGGAGAGCUCUGCCAGUGACAACUCUGAGUCCGAGGAAGACACUAAGACCAAAAAAAGGCCAAAGAAGCAGGAAGAUAAGGGCUCAAACAAGAAGGCCAAAAAAGAUUCUAAAGGAAAGGAUGAUGAUGAAACUUCCUGGGAGCUGGGUGGCAACAAGCAUGUCACUGUACGUAGCUUCAAGAAUAAAUGGUUUGUCGACAUCAGAGAAAUGUACAUGGACAAGGAUGGAGAAAUGAAACCUGGAAGAAAGGGAGUCUGUUUGAAUAUGGAGAACUGGAAAUCGUUCAUGAAAGUUGUGGAAGAUGUAGAUAAGGCUGUAAAGGCCAAGUGUUUUUAGAUCUUUCAUUACCAUUCAUUGUACUUUAUAGGUAUUUUAAGAUGAAUAAGGAUAUAUAAUUUAUGAAAUUAUUCUUUGUACCUUAUUUUCGUAAUUAAAAUAAAAAAUAAGAAAUAAAAAUAAACAAGUUAAAAUUAUAAAGGUUUUUAUUUUUAAAGUCACUAAAAAAAUGUUAUCAAAGAACGUUACACUUAAAAUAAAAUUAUUUAAUCUCGUAAUUAAAGUUAGAGACGUAGUACAUAUACAAUAAAAAAUCUGUUUUACAGGUUCUCACUUUUUGUAUAAAAAAUAUAUAUUUAAAUAUAUAUUUAUGACACUAUUUUUUAGGAAUAAAUAACAACCGCUAUCUGUUGAAUCGUCAAAGAAUUAUGUAUGUACAAGGCUAUUUACAUGUGUUGAGAAUAUACAUAUUUGCAGUAUUUAAAGUUCUAAGAAGUCGUUGCAUUCUUAUUCGUGUACUAAUUUUAAAAAUUCGUCUACCUUAAUCUUUUUAAAUAGGGCCUGUGGAUCUACUUUUGUUUUCUUUUCGACCUGUAAUAAAGCAUAAAUAUUACAGCAAA